CUUGAAUGCUACUUAAGGGCAGGAUGGAGCCGUCGGCCGGGCAGCGAAUUAAGAGUUAACUGGGGAUUGACUCGGAAAGGGCGCCACCCUCUUUGACGGUAGAGUAGCCUGUGAGUCAGUUUCACCUGAAACUUUGCAGGUGAGUAAAGGAAGCAAAAACGAAGGGGGAAAAAAAAGGAAAAGGAACUGGAGCCAAGAUCCGGAAAGAAGAGGGCCCAAGGCUCAGAGCGAGAGAGCCGCCCCACUACAUCGCAGGGGCUGCCCCGAGAGCUUCGGGUCGAGGCGGCGGGUUCCCCAGCCUCCGACCGUCUGCAAAGAGGGGCGCCUACCAGACGUGGGGGGCAGAGACCCUUAAGGGCGGCGAUCUCGGCCCGAAGAAGAGGAAGAAGAGAACUUGGGGGAGAGUCCUUCCUCGCAGAAGUGCUCGAGGGACCCCGCUGGAGAAAAGGACCCUCGGAGGGGACGGAGGUUAAAGUUCCCGCGCGUCCGGAGCCUUUCCUCGCCUCUCUGCUCGGCGGUCGUGGUCGGGUCUGCCCCACUCCGAAAAGCCCUCGGCCCGGGGAACUGCGCCAUUUGGCUCGUUUGGACUGAGAUGGGCCGAAGUAGGAGCCGGCUUCAGGCCGGACUCUUGGUGACUUGGAUUUUUUUAACCGGCUUGGUUCUUGGUCAGGAAGAAAACGGGGAAGGGGCCUCGUUUGGAGAAAGGUGCCUUGCUCAAUUUACGCCCGGGUUUCCGGAGUUUGUGCUGGACACGAAUGCCUCGGUGGAGAACGGCGCCACUUUCCUGGCUUCGCCGCCGGUGGAAAGCAACCGCGAUUGCGUCCGCGCCUGUUGCAAGAACCCCAGUUGCAACUUGGCCCUGGUGGAGCAGAGCCCCGGGGAGGACUCCGAAGGCAUUCAGAGCUGUUUCCUCCUCGACUGCCUUUACGACCAGGCCUUGGUCUGCAGGUUUGCCAAGAAGGACGGCUUCCUGAACUAUGUCAGACGGGAGGUUUACAACGCUUACGCGACCAUGCGAAACCGAGGCAACAGCGAUGAUCAGCCACCUAAAGCUAAAGCCUCAAUGGAUGUGAAGGUCCAGCCCAAUGAUGAACCAGUAAUAUUGAAUGGCUCAGAAAGUACUGAUGAUAAUGGCAUUGUGAAUUACGAAUGGACACUUCUUUUUGGUGAUUCCUCAGUGGUAAUGAAGAAAGAGAACGAUAUUAUGAUACUUUCAAAUCUGAAUGAAGGGAUUUACAUCUUCCAAUUCACUGUAACAGACACUGCGGAUCAGCAACACUCCAUCAACAUCACUGUCACUGUACUUAAUUCUGAUCAGACUGCAGAUCAUUGCUUGACUCCUUAUAAAGUGGGACGCUGUCGAGGCUCCUUCCACCGCUGGUACUAUAAUCCGGAAAUAGAGCAGUGUCAGCAAUUCAUUUUUGGUGGCUGCAAUCCCAACAAGAACAAUUAUGUAAGAAAAGAGGAAUGUGAUCUUGCCUGCAAGAAUGUUCAAGGGGCUGUUGAAAAACGUCAAGAACCAACAUGCAAUGGAAACUGCCUACCCGGCUAUUUCAAAUGUGAAGAUGGCUGCUGCAUUGAUAAAAUUCUGGAAUGUGAUGAAACUCUAGAUUGCCGAGAUGGGUCAGAUGAGAAAUUUUGUGAUUCAUAUAUUCAAGGAUUCAAUAAGUUACAGAACAUCAAUCUUACUGGCAGAAGUUAUUGUGUGGAUAUGCCCGAUACUGGACCAUGUGAGGAAAGUAUACCUCGCUGGUACUACAACCCUUCGACUGAGAAGUGUGAUCGCUUCACCUAUGGAGGCUGUGAAGGCAACAAAAAUAAUUUCGAGCAGGAAGAAACAUGUAUGAAAAUAUGUAGUGGUGUCACAAAGAAAGAUAUGAUUGGUGAGAGAUGGAGAGGAUACGAAUAUCAACAAGCUAGUUUAAGUGCUUUUGAAGUGGCCAUUGCUGUGCUCCUCGGUGUCUGCAUCAUGAUAGUGUUGGUAGUCCUUGGGUACUUCUUCCUAAAGAACCGAAAAACGUAUCGAAGACGUCGUCAGCCCUCUACUGCAGCUAAUUCCACUCUUUCUUCUGUUUUAUCAACUGCUGAAGACACAGAACAUCUGGUGUACAACAGCACCACAAAGCCCAUCUGAUUAUGUAGAAUUAUCCCCCAUUUCUGGGAAGGACAGUCUUACCAACUGCUUGUAAUGCUUGUUUGUGUGUGUGUGUGGGGGAGCGGUGAGGGGAUCUAUUGAAGGAUUUUUCCUUCCUUUUUUCCAUGUUUCCUUAGACUAUCCAUUAGCUGCUUACAAGCUCUACCUGUCCUUAUCCUGUGAUAGUUUCUAAGGUCACAAGGAGUGACCAGAAGAUUAGCCCGCUUUGACACUACAUGGAUGGAAUUUUGAGUUCAUGUUUCCCUGAGUUCUAUAAUGAAGGUUAUUUUAAGUUUAAGGACUUGCUAUAUCUAUUGAAGGAACCAUAGUUUAAUCUGAUGAAUGGGAUUCUUCUUCCCACAAAACUCACUGAAGUGUGUGUGUGAGCGCACGUGUGUGUGUUUGUGUGUGUGUGUGAGAGAGAGAGUGAGAGAGAGAGAACCUAUGCUGCCUUAAAGCCACCCUCUGGGUUUUAACUGGUACAAAAAGAGGACCAAUUUGAUGGACUAAUUAAAGUGGUGUCCUUUUCACAAAUCUAUUAAUGUCUGUGCUGAGGCCUGAGCUCAUCUCAUCUAUACCAAAUAUCUAGGUUAAAUGGAAAACAGACAACAUCGUAAUUUGAUCUGAAUGCAUAUAAGAGGAAAUAGAAAUUAGGCCAUGGCCGAAAAUCUGGCCCUGCCUUUCUCUUCUGGAUUUCCCCUCUGUUCCUAACUUCUAGUUAUCAUUUCUAGUUUAAUGUUAUUGUUUUGAGUUCUUCGUCCAUACCUAUUUAUUUUUAGAAUGAAAUUGUGACCAAAAAGAGGACAUUCCUCAUUUUCUAAUUUGUCUCCAACUAUACAAUUUCGUUAAGUAGUUAAAUAAUGUACUUACAUAGGGGCAGUUUCAAAAUUAGCUUUUCUUAACAGCUAAUUUUCACAAGAUCCUUGGACAAAAGUAGAGUCAUGAAGGUUGACAGACUCUGCUUCUUGCACAGCCAUCCUUAAAUAUAGAGAAAGUAGCAGAUGUUGCCCAGAAUUUAUAAAGAUAGAAUACAGGUUUGUCCCAAUUUUCAACGAAUAUGUUACAUGAAAUAUAUAGGUUGAUGCCUAUGAUGUUUUCAUUUACCUUCCCGUUUGUUUGAGGUAAAAUAUUUUAAUCUCUUCCCACUUUGACCAACACCCCAGUUUGUAAAUGGAUGUCUUACAUUUUAUGGCAUCUGAGUACUGGUUCACUUUAUGGAUAGAGAUGCUUGCAAUAAUUCUCCAUCUCUUUUCAAAAACAUCCUCAAAAAAGAAGUUGAUCAGCUACACCUCUUGAUUUCUGGUCAUUUGAGGAUGCAUAGAAAACUCCUCUGAUCUUGUUUAUGUGUGGAAGGAAGGCUGUUUCAAUAAGGGCUUACGCUUAGGGGUCACUAUGUGAAUCACUCCCAUCAUCUGGCAAGUUUACAUGUGACUUCAAACAUUUCUGAGGACACUGAAUCUUUCCAGGAACUAAAGGGGAGGAAGUAUUUCACAGUGGUGGAAUAUAUGACAGAUUGACCUGUAGUUGGCUUGUAUUAUAGUGAAUUGCCCAGCUCAUGCCUGACCUCCUUGAGAAUCCAAUAGCAAAGCUGAAUAUUAUUAUAAAAUCCAAAUCUUGCUUUUGAAUUUGAAUCAUCUUCUUCUCUGUCUAUACAGGAGGUUAGCGUGUGAAGCCAGUCAGUAUAUUCCUAUCCACUCCGUAUGAUAUUGUACAUAACUUUGGACAUAGUCUUAUGAUACGAAUGAGAUAUGAUUAUUUUGUUUAUUUUUUUUUGGUAGAUGUUAUGAGAUUUUGUUUUAUUGAUGUAUUGAUGUAUAUAAGGAUUCUGUGCUUAGAUGUAAAACUGCUGGCUAAACUGAAGAGUCAUCAGCAAAGUGAAUAGGAGGAAUGAUUAUUAGGGAAUUAUCUGAAGGGAAGACAGCUGUUUAUUGCACCAAGGGCCAAACCAGCUCAAGUGUGAAACUGGCUGAGCAUCUAUGAGAAAUUGCAAAAUGGGGUAGGGAAGGAAAUGACAGAGCUGGUCAUUAUGUUUUACAGGGAGGAAAUGAGAGAUUACACAUUGUGCUUUGCAGUUGACUUGGUUAUUCCAUGUUGCUACAGCUGUCAACUCUUACCUUUUCCCUCCCUUUCUGUAUCUCUUCACUGCUUUCUGAGCCCUCAAAUUCUAAAUUUCCUCUGACAGUGAAAUUUUUAAUAAAAUAUUUUCUUUACAA